GCGCGCGCCUGGUGACUCCCCUUUCAGCCGGACGCAUCCACGGGGCAGGAAAGGGGGGGGAGCCGCCUUCCGCACGUCCCGAACGAGCCGCGCAACGAGCUUCCGCUCGCUUUACUCCGCCUGAUCCCUUCGGCGAGAAGCGUCAGUAGCCGGGCGGGGAGGGAAAGGAAAGGUGUGGGAGGGCGGCGCGCCUCCCUUCGACGCCCUCUCCCGCUGUCUCGCCCCCCCCCCCCGCGCCACCGCGCCGCCUUAGUCCGGCCCUGCCCCGCGCCGAGGUUUCCCUUUGCCCUGAGGGACUGCGCUGUGCUGCUCUUGCUUCGCGCCGGAGAGGCAGAGCCGGCGGCCGGAGGAGCUGGGCGUCGGGAGGCGCCCGCAGCGACGCCGCCAGCGGCAGCGCGAAGCCCGGGCCAUGAGGAGCCGCCGUGACUCUCUGGCGACUCCGCGCGACUCCCUCGCCGCCGCGGCCCCGGGGGAUGCCCUCUAGGCGCGAGGAUGAGGCAGAGCAGGGGGCAGCGGAUGGUCCUGGCCACUUGCCUGGGCUCUCUGCUCCUCGUCGUCUUCUACUUCCAGAGCAGCUCCAACCCAGCUGCAGAGGACAGGAUUCUGAAGUCCAGUUGGCAUGGAAAGUCCGGUCGAAGUCCACUUCAGGCUCUUUACCACGGUGAUCAGUUUGAGCAGUCCUCCCUGCAGGCGACGCACCAGCGCAGGCGGGACCUGCUGAACAAGGUGUGCAACCGUUACACGCGCAAGCGGCGCCUCCUCACUCCUGACGACUUGCGCCACCUGGUGGUUGACGAUGUUCACGGGCUGCUGUACUGCUACGUCCCCAAGGUGGCUUGCACUAACUGGAAACGGGUCAUGAUGGUCUUGACCGGGCAGGGCAAGUACCAGGACCCAUUGGAAAUCCCAGCCAACGAGGCGCACGUGGCUUCCAACCUGCACACUCUCUCCGAGUACAGCAUCCCCGAAAUCAACUACCGCCUGCGCAACUACCUCAAGUUCAUCUUUGUGCGGGAGCCUCUGGAGCGGCUGGUCUCUGCCUACCGCAACAAGUUCACCCGCAGCUACAACACAGCUUUCCACAAGCGCUACGGGACCAAGAUAAUCCGGCGGCAUCGGCAGGACCCCAGCGACGAGGCCCUGGAGCACGGCCAUGACGUGCGCUUCGAGGAGUUUGUGUACUACUUGCUGGAUCCGCAGACUCAGCGCGAAGAGCCUUUCAAUGAGCACUGGGAGCGAGUUCACUCCCUCUGCCACCCCUGUAUCAUCCACUACGACGUGGUAGGCAAGUACGAGACAUUGGCCAAGGACUCCAAUUACAUCCUGCGACUGGUUGGGGCUGACGCAGGCGUCAAGUUCCCCUCCUCCUCCAAGACCACCAGGACCAAUGACGACAUGACGGCUAAGUUCUUCCAGAACAUCAGCCCCUUUUACCAAAGGAGGUUAUUUAAUUUAUACAAAAUGGAUUACUUGCUCUUCAACUACUCCAUCCCGACUUACUUGCGCACCCGAUGAGGUGGUGACCAAGCAGCCGGGCCUCCCUUUGCCUUUCCUGGUUUCUGCUGUCAGCCAGUGAACAUAAGAUAGGAGAUAACCUUUCCCCUCUUGUUGUGAUGGUCAAUCCAUUGGGAUUCCAGUUUGUCAAAACUGCAGCCACUGUUCCUGUCUCGUCCUUUCCCUUAUUUCAGUUAAAGAAAUCUACUGUUGUUUGAUUAUCCUUCCUCAGCCAAAGAGAAUUUUUCCAGGAGAACACAGGAAUUGUGGCCUUUUUUUUUUGGUAAGGAGAUUGGAAAAUCAACCUGGAGCAAUCAGAGAAGCAAUAAAACAUGAUAUGCA